GUCGACGUCAGUGACUACGAUUAAACCGUUGCUCUUCCCCAGACUGCCACUGUCACUGUUUCUUCAUGUCUCUCGACUCCACUUCUUCAUCCCAUUUCCACCAAGAAACAAUUGAGUCACUUUACUACGACGGUUGAUCACAAAACACAAGCAACACAAAUAAUUAGGGACUGGCUGUCUUUCAACUGCGCAUACACCGGCAUCGUCACGAAUAAGAGCAACUCGGCUUUGCUCGGACCGUCGCUCGGCUACUACUCCGUCGACUUCUACCGCCAACCUCCCUCCAUCACAUCACAACACAUCAGACCGAUAACCUCACGAUGCCUUCACAACGACCGUAUUUCCUGUCUUCUUUCCUCGCCGCCUUCCGUCCUCAAGGCCCCUCUAUCUCUACUACCGCUCCACAUCAACAUCAGCCAAACAAGCACACCCGAGAUACCACGACGACUACAACUGCCACAGCAACUGCAGCAAACACAACUACCACUGCUACUUCUACGUCACAUCAUCAUCACCAGUCUCAACAACAAUCAACUACUUCCAGUGUCGCCAUCCGUCCACCCCGAAACACCACCUCUUGCUCACCGUCGACAUCAACAUCCCCCGCCAACGGUACCGCCAUUCCUAUUCCCGGAUCAUCUGGUCGACGUGGAAGCGAUAGCAGCAGCGAAGGGUUCCGUGAUGUGAUAGGUGCCGACAAGUGGUAUAUCGGUGGACGCACACCAGGCGGUGAAGAGAAGUUCUUCAAGCUUGGCGUUAUCCGCCGGGUGAGAAGCAAUGAUGGCUUAAGUUUGGAUCGUCUAAGCUUAUAAUCUGACGCAUGAUUGUUUUUAUGAGACUUUUUACGACUACUGGACGGGGCAGGAAAGAUGUGUAUGCAUCACUCAUUACAUGAUAAGCCACUCUGGUACAAACGCACGAACUUCACUUUUGCAUGAAUUUGGGAUGCUCGAUAUGAAACUGGGUAUGAUUAGGGCUACAAAUAGGUCUGGGGUUGGACCAUGGGUAUGGCGUUCAGUGUUUGGGUAUAUUUCACAUCUGGCAUGAAAUGGGUUCCCAGCGAUAAGAGGGCCACAUGCUUAUCAAGACAAAAAUACAAAAAGAGUAUCUUUUGCAACCAC